UCAAAUUUUAAGUUUUUCUCGUUCAUUGGUCGCGGAUUUUGUCGUGUGUUUGAUUUUGGAUUUAUCUCCUGGUGUUUCCCAACAAAAAACAAUCUUUGAAAGCAAGCAGAACCUAGUGAAUCCCACGAGACACAGAAGUGAUGAUCUAAGGACGUGGAUGAGGCCAAUAGUUUCAGUGUUUCUUGUUUCCUCGAGUGUGUCCUGUUGAAUCAUUUUUUUUGUUCCUUUGAGACGGUGGCUUGGUGUGGUUAAAUUAGUGAAUGUGAAGAUGAAUUUUUCCGCUUUCGGAGGCCCGUUUUCCGGGAUUCAUCAGUUUGCGGCCAAAUUCGGAAGCAAUGAUGGAGCAUUUACCAGUACGAACACGACUGCAGCGACUGGAAAUGGCGCCGGACCAGGUGGCAUCGGGAUCGGAGGUGGCGGAGGUGGCGGUGGAACUGCGACGCCUGGUGUCCCCGUGAGCGCAGGUGGUGCCAACAUUGGUGGCCAGCAGGAUCUGAAUCGAUACCAUGGAUCGACGAAUGGGAACCAUUUCAAUCAGAAUUCUACCUCAAUGGUUAACACGCCAAUGUCAUACGGCCAAAACAUCACCCUUCCAUACAGCCAGCCACAGCCCGAUCAUGGCUUUUCCAACAAUAUGCAAACAGAUCAAAACAAGCUGAAAAACUCCAUCAAGGUCGAUCGGGACGAGAUGAUCAAUCAGCAAAUCCUACAGAAUGUCAACCAAUCCUGGCAAACGUUGGCCAAUCCAUCUAACACGGUGGACUAUUCGUCACACUUGCUGUCCGCCACACUGCCAAUUUCGAUACAGCACUUUCUCAAAUACUCCGAAACGAUCAAAAAGGAAUCCAACGGUGUUGGCUCCGGGCUGGCUUCCCCCGGGCCGCUGAGUGGACUGAUCGGAGUUGAAACGAAUGCUUUCAAUGUGCAAAAAGACUUACUGAAUUUGAAGAAUGGUUCAAAUUUGAACUUGGCGUUGGGCAACGUGGCCGUUAGUGCUGCAGCAGCCAGCUUAGGACUGAAUCACCAGCACUUUACCCAUCACGCCAACAGCCAUCAGGACAAUAGCCAAAACUAUGGAAACAUAAAUCAAAUACCGAUCGUUUCGAAUAACACGGUCAAUGGCCAACAGCAGAUUGGCAAUCAGCAGAAUGUGAUGAAUGGAUCGGUUAACGGAAAUGCCACUCCGGCUGCCACUACCAAUGCGAAUAACACCAACAACACUAAUGGCAAUGCAGCUACGACUACGACUACGACCACGGGAAAAGGCAAAUCCAAACGCAGCAAGAAGGAAAAGAAACGUAAACCACCGAAGGAAAAGAAGCCCCGCCCGAAGCCGGGUCAGAUCCGGGAGACCAAGGCACUGGACGGAUCACCGUUAUUCUGUUGCCCCGAGUGCCAGAUGGCAUACCCGGAGCGUGGGCUGAUCGAGCAGCAUGUCAUAUCGCACGCGGUGGAGCGGCGUUUCGUGUGCGACAUAUGCCACGCGGCCCUGAAGCGGAAGGACCACCUAACUCGCCACAAGCUGUCGCACAUCCCGGAUCGACCGCACAUCUGUAGCAUAUGUUUAAAGUCGUUCAAACGUAAGGAACAGCUAACAUUACACAUCGUCAUCCACACCGGUGAGAAGAAGCACGUUUGCAUAGAAUGUGGCAAAGGCUUCUACCGGAAGGAUCACCUCCGCAAGCACACCCGUUCGCACAUCGCCCGUCGCGUCAAGUCGGAAAUGUCCGCCCAGUCGGGCUCCGGGUCCGGUACCAACAAUUCCAACAACUCCAACAAUAAUAACAACAACAACAACAAUAACAACGGGGCCCUUGCUUCCUCGCUGAUGGCUACCAACAUGCAGGGAGCACCGGUGACAGCCUCUUGAGCCUCGUACAAGGACUUUUGGUAAGGUGGAUGUUCUAGUUUUUUGCGGAAGACAAAUUUGAGCUGCGAGCCAAUGCCAACGGAGUCGGACGAAGUUUGUCGAUGAAAGACCUAGGUGCAAUUUUUUCUGUUGAUCUUUACACUACACACGACGACUCACUCAACCAAUAGCCAAUAGCCCCGUCUUUUGUUUUUGUCAUUAUACAAACUAUAGCGCAACAAAUAGUUGACAAUUGUUAGAGUUUAUAUCGAGUAAGCUUAAUUUUCAUCGACACUAUGACUCGCGAAUCGAUUGGCAUUGCUGUGCUCAAGAGAACAUCAUGGAUACCAUGCCAAAAGCCCAUACCUAUCUGUUGUCUGGUCGUGGUCAGACAAUUCCGACUUGUGUUCCCAUCGCAAGCCAAACACUUCUACGAUCAAGAUCUAACCUGAAUUAUACGGCACAAUAUCGAACACUAUAUUAAACACACCGAAAUGGAAGAGGUCUCUCAACCCUCUACCGGACCGAGUAUACGUGCAAUCUGACCUGACCUGAAUCUAUCUCCACCGGUAAGCGAUUAGUAGCCAACAGUUGUUGCACAAAACUGACCUAUUCCAUCUAUUGCGGCUUUUACGAUAGAACUUCCUCCCCAAAAUUCGCUUUAUUCUAACAACCUUCGGAAUCUGAAAUCUCCGCCCCUGAAUGAUAGCAAUAAUUUUUCAAGAACAAAAAAAGCAUUCAAGCGAUCGUUUAAUACGUCAUCCCUUCAAACCCGUCUGCCGGGGAAUGGGAGGGGCUACUGACUGGUACAUAACAGACUAAUGAAGAUAUACGAAAUCAAUAAGCUUAAAGACGGAUAAUAUUUUUCUUACCGAGAGUUGCUAAAAAAGUUGCAAAUAUACGACGAUAUACAAUUGGAGAAAGUGUAAUAUUUUAUUUAUUGAGAGCGAACUGUAACUGAUGUGGUAGAUGAUAU